AUGCUUUCAAUGUUUAAUGCAAUAAGGCGGUUAACGGCUUCUCACACUAAGGUUCCGCCGCUGAAUGUUGUUCCUGAGCGCGUGUUCACUCUUCAGGAUUAUCUUAAAGACCCACUCAAAAUUAUUGUAAUUCCCGUAACUACAGAGAAGUGCUACUUCUACUUCAAGCAUACUAAAGAGCUGCUGAAUACCAAGAGUAAAUUUGUAAGGUAUGAGCAAAAAAUGAUACAGAAGGCGACCAAUGUUUGGCGAAACAUGGAAAAGUCAACUAAUGUAGUCACAAUACAGAUUGUAGCGUGGGUCAAUCUGUUGUUGGUUCGCAUCGCAUGGAUAGAGCGAUCAUUGACUAGCUUUCCUUCGGAGUCAUACAUUUUGAAGCGCGUAGAGCUGGUGAAGAAACGGACCGCAGAAGUGAUGAACUUGCGUAAAGGCGAUGAACUGCAACUGAGUGGACAAGAGCUAAAACUGAUGGAAGAGGUAGUUAACCCGAAACCUGUUCAUGUCUACUAUCCCCGUAGCAUAGUUCCAGAGAAUGUCGUGGUCUCAGAAUUAAAUCAGCUAUGGCAGAGGGGCAAGAAGGUGCAUAAGAAAUACUUCUAUCUCUGCCUAUUGGGGUUGCCACUCACGAUACCCAUUGCAAUUGUACCACUGCUUCCGAAUAUCCCAGGAUUUUACUUAGCCUAUCGUGCAUACUGUAACUAUAAGGCAUACGCCGGUGCUAGACACUUGGAAAGUUUAAUGCAAGGCAACGGAAAACAGCAUGUAGAUUUUGUUGAUUUGAAGGAAUAUUCAGAAAUGUUGACCGACGGAGGCUCCACAGGAUACCCGGCUUUUGAUGCUCCAGAAUCUAUGUUACUAAAUAAUAACUUACUCGACAAACUCAUGGAUAAUUUGUCUAUUCACGAAAUAAGACGCGAUCUUACGAUUGCAAUGAAACAAGAAAAGCGGAGAUUAAUGGAAAGUACGCAAGGAAAAAGUACUAGAAAGACCAGGACUAGAUCUAGAAAGAAAGCUAAAAAGGCAGAGGAGACUGAAUCCCAACAAGAUGACAGAUAG